AUGGCUAUCAUUGUUUUCUGGUCUCUUAUGGCUCUAAUCUCAAAUAUGAAUGUUUAUGGCGAUAGCAUUACACUUGUGACGAGCAUGGAGAGCGCGCUCGUUCAUGCUCCAAAUGUCGGUCUUGCUUUACUAACGAUCAUUGCUUUUGCUCAUAUCCAUGUUAGGAUAGCCGAGGUGGAAAGAAGAUGUCGUAAUUAUACAGAAAUCGAAUUUGAAACCCAUAGUAGGCAGAAGAGGCAAAUUAUCGUCAAUACAUCAGCAAAUGGAAAUCAUCUAUGGAUGUCGUCGAUGUCUCGUGUCAAGAUCGGAGAGCUUAUGCAAAAAUGUCUUGACAUACACCAAUACUGCACAGACCUGGACAGCUCAGACCGAGGGCCACCAGGUCCACCUGGUCCUCGUGGACCGCCAGGCAAGCCCGGCUCGCCUGGACCACCCGGAAGGCCAGGUCUAAUGGGGAUUCCUGGACUUCCAGGACCACAAGGGCCACCCGGACCUCCCGGAAGAGACGCAGAAUGCGAAGAUUGUCCUGUGAAUGAGGAGUACUUGCUUGAGAAGGGCGAGUGCCCAAAGGUGGAGGAAAUGAAAUGCUCAGAGAGGUCUUCGCUGGACAAUUUGAUCGGGCCUCGCCUUAUCGACAAAGCACUACCUUCGUCUAUAGCAGAUAUGAUCUACAACAGUACUGAGUUCGAGACUUGCUUGAAAAUGUGUUUGGGCAACAUUACCGGAUUGGAGGGUUUCGAAGAAGUUGUAGAAACUUCGACCGAGUCUGCUUACAUUGAAGGAGCCACCGCGCGUUUGUUGUUUUUUAUCACAUAUGUGUUCAUGCUAAUGGUAGCUUUGUGUAAUUGCACCACUGUUUCGACACGGCUCACCGUGAUAAAUGAAGAAGUAGCUAGAAACGACGACAUGCUGAAACGCUAUCUAAUUAACCAUUUUCAAGGAAUAGAAAUUGUUGAAUACCGUACAGAAGCAGAUCUACGUCGAGAACACAUCAAUAAUGUCUAUCGUCUUCCGCACGUGUUCGAUGGCACUAACCACGUGCUCUUCAAUGGGUCACUAUUCUUCCACAGAGCUGGAUUUCCUCGUAUUGGCAAAUUCAACCUAAACAGUGGACAUUAUGACGAGAUUGAGAUUGAGGGCGCUGCUCAUCAUGGAAAUAAUUAUCUUUUCAACAAUUCCAUGAACUAUUUCGAUCUUGCCAUUGAUGAGAAUGCGCUCUGGAUCUUGUUUCACUAUGAAAAGGAGAAUUUUUUGAGCGUUGCUAAGGUGGACAUAAACAAUCUAACAAUCUAUGAAACCCAUAAUCUUACUCUAAUCAACCACACUCAGAUUGCAAAUGGAAUUGUGAUUUGCGGCAUGCUCUAUACGAUCGAAGACAGCCAUGCACAGAGAACGUACAUAUCCACUGGGUACGAUUUCUACAGACUACAGUACUCGAAACCAAACAUCAAGUGGAUCAACCUCUAUCGCAAUGCCAACAUGAUCUCUUACAAUCCUUACGAUAAGCGCAUCUAUGUCUUCGACCACGGUUACCUGCUCACCGUGCCGGCACACAUACAGUGGUUAUCGAAAUGAUGGCAUACUACAUCAUCGUUGUGCAAGCGACUGAUUUCUAGGGAAUGCUUUCAGCAUACUGGGAUAUAAAU